CGUGACCCCACAGGGCCGCUGUGCAGCGUGUUGGUGUCGCGCUUUGGAUGCCGCCCGGUGAUGAUUGGUGGAGGCCUUCUGGCGGCAGCUGGCAUGGUGGGGGCCUCGUUCAGCACCUCCAUCAUUCACGUGUACCUCCUGGCUGGGGUCACCACGGGCAUGGGCCUGGCUCUCAACUUCCAGCCGUCACUCAUCAUGCUGGGUCGCUACUUCAGCAAGAGGCGCCCUCUGGCCAAUGGGCUUGCAGCAGCAGGCAGUCCAGUGUUUUUGUGUACCCUCUCUCCUCUCAAUCAGCUGCUACAACAUCACUUUGGAUGGAGAGGGGGCUUCAUGGUUUUGGGUGGUCUGCUCCUCAAUUGUUGUCUCUGCGGGGCCCUGAUGAGGCCCCUUGUCCCACCUCCUGGACAGGCUCAGAAGUUGAUGGGUGCCAACGCCACCACCACCACCACCUCCACCACCACCACCACCACCGCUCCACCACCACCAGCACCACCACCUCCCCGACGCCGCCACCGCCCGCUGAUCGACCUCUCCGUGAUCCGCCACCGCGGCUUCGUGGUCUAUGCGGUGUCGGCCACGCUCAUGGUGCUGGGCCUGUUCGUGCCGCCCGUCUUCGUGGUGAGCUACGCCAGGCACCUGGGCACGCCGGACCCCAAGGCGGCGUUCCUCCUCUCCGUCAUCGGCCUCGUGGACGUCUUCGCCCGGCCGGCAACGGGCCUCGUCACGGGCGUGGAGCGAGUGCGGCCAUACUCCGCCUACCUGCUCAGCUUCGCGAUGAUCUUCAACGGCACGGCCGACCUCCUGGGCUCCCUGGCCAGCACCUACGCCGGUAUCGCCGUCUUCUGUGUCUUCUUCGGCAUCUCGUACGGGAUGGUGGGCGCUCUGCAGUUCGAGGUCCUCAUGGGGCUGACGGGGCCGGAGACAUUCCCCUCGGCACUCGGACUCGUCCUCCUGAUGGAGGCCGGAGCCGUACUCGUCGGACCUCCUGGAGCGGGUCGCCUGGUGGACUACACCCACAGCUACGUGUACAUCUUCUACCUGGCAGGCGCCGAGGUGCUCUUGGCCGGCCUCGUCCUAGCCCUGGGGGCUCUUCUGUGCCUCAGGGGCAACCACAACCACCAGCACGACCACGCCCACCAACACGUGGGCGGGGCAGCAGCGGCGGUGGGCGGGGCAACGGCGGGGGCGACCAAUGGGCAGGGAGACACGGAGACGCGCGUGUGA